AUGGCUGAGAAGGCUGAUAGUGUCUCUGAUGUGGCGCAGCCCGUCGAGCAGUCAGAGAGAGUCGAGGGGAAAUGGUACCGCACACCCUUCUAUAACGCCACGAUUCUUGGCAUGUGUAGUUUCGCAGCUCCCGGCCUUUGGGGUGCGAUGAACUCUCUGGGUGCUGGCGGUGCUCAGGAGCCGUACCUUGUUAACACCGGCAACGCGCUGACUUUCUGCCUCAUGAUCAUCUCAUGCUGGCUCACAAGCUCUGUUGUCAAAUAUGUCGGCAUCAAGGGUGCUCUAGUCAUCGGUACAAUCGGCUUUGCCCCAUACAGCGCCGGGCUUUACCUGAAUAACCGUUACGGUGUCGAGUGGCUCGUUAUCGUUGGUGCCGCCUUCUGCGGCGUCUCUGCUGGUAUAUUCUGGGGCUCCGAAGCUGCUAUUGCCAUUGCCUAUCCUGAGCCUCACAAUAGAGGGCGUAUGAUUGCUUACUGGCUCACUUGGACUCGAGUUGGGCAAAUCCUCGGCGGCGUUAUCAACCUUGGCCUGAAUGCUGAUCGCAGUGGAGCUGGUAAGGUGUCGUACAAGGUCUACCUCAUCUUCAUUGCCCUGCAAGCUUGCGGACCUUUUGUUGCGUUGCUUUUGAAUAAGCCAGAAAAGGUCCAACGAGCCGACGGGAAGCCAGUCCAACUGACCAUUGCCGACAACCCGUGGCAAGAAAUCAAGGCUACGACGAAGACGUUCCUCACUCCGAAGUUCCUGCUUCUCGUCUUGUGGAUUGGCCAGGGCGUGUAUUCUGAAUCGAUCUUCUUCACAUAUAUCGCUCUUUGGUUCUCCGUCCGAGCUCGUGCCCUAGGAUCACUUCUCUCUGGCAUCGUUGCAGUUAUCGCUGGUAAUCUACUCGGAUUAUGGCUCGAUCAGAACCAGAUCGCUCUGAAGAAGAGGGCUCGCUGGGCCUUUGCAGUCAUUAUGACUCUCCAGGGUGCCUGGUGGCUAUGGCUGACUAUCAACGUCACCGAAUACCGUCGGACUCAGCCCACACUCGACUGGAGUGACCCAGGAUUCGGCAGAGGCUUCGGUGUCUUCAUCUUUUUGGUCGCUGGCUUCCAACUGAACUACAACUUUGCAUUUUUCAUCAUUGGACAAAUUUCAGAAAGCCCCCAGGAGACUAUUCGUCUGUCAGCACUCCUUCGAGGAACGGAGUCAGCAUGGCAAGCUCUUAGUUAUGGACUCAACGCAAUCCCGAUCUUCGCCUUACUCGGCGGGCCUUAUAUCAACUUUGGACUAUGGUUUGUCUCGAUUUAUCCGGCUUGGCUGGUUGUCAGACACUUCGGCAAUGAUUCAAAGAAAACUGAUGCAGAGACAGUCGCUCAAUCGGAGGCAGUUCACAAAAUCAAAAGUUGA